CUGUAGCACAGAAAUCAAAGAAGAUGAAUACAGGAGUUCUUGCGUUUGUUGGCAAGGUACUCCAGUACCUUGCAGACAACCCGUAUAUUCUUGGUAUAAUUUUUCUCCUGUAUAUUUUCAUAUUUGCAAUGUCAGUUCUAUUUUCUGGACCUAAACCUGGGAGAAAUCCUUUCUCGGCGAAGCACGUAAAACCAGUGCAGGAAUUGGUCUCUGAUCAGAAAACCCGUGAUCAGAUCUUAAAGCAGAGAUUCAAAAGCCACAAAGUUCCUGAAAAUCUAGACACAAUUAUAAUCGGGAGUGGCAUUGGGGGACUGGAGGUGGGGGUACUGCUUGCUCGUGCAGGGAAGAAAGUUCUGGUUCUCGAGCAACAUGAUCAGGCUGGAGGCUGCUGUCAUACCUUCAUUGAUAAAGGAUUUGAAUUUGAUACAGGUAUUCAUUACAUUGGAAAGAUGGAUCCAUCUUAUGACAACAGAAUUCUGAUGGAUCAGCUGACUGGUGGAAAAGUGGAGUAUCCACUCAUGGAUGAAGCCUAUGAUGUGGUUGCAAUAGGAGAUCCAAUGACAGAAAAAGUUAGAAAAUACCCAUUUGUAUCAAAUAAGGAAAAAAUCAUUGAGAAUUUAAAAACUGCAUUUCCAAAGGAGAAGGAGGGAAUAGAUAAGUUUUUCCAGUUACUCAAGGAAGCAAGACAUUUCUUCACUGGAUGUGUAGUUCUUAAAGUACUCCCCAAAUGGCUGGCACAGCUUUUGGUGUCUACUGGAUUAAUUAACAUCAUCUUCAAGGCAUAUGGUCAAUUUGGAAAGGUUACCCUGAAAGAUGUUUUAGACAGUGUCACAAAUGAUGAGGAAUUGAAAGGGACACUUUCCUACAUAUUUGGAGAUUAUGGAGUGGUACCCUCUAAAACCCCAUUUGGUCUGCAUUCUGUCAUCAUGGGUCACUAUUUUUCCGGUGCCCAUUACAUCAGAGGGGGACCGAGUGAACUCGCUUUUCAGAUGAUUCAGGUCAUCGAGGAGAGGAAUGGGAGGGUACUGGUUAAUGCCCCUGUGUCCCAGAUACUGAUGUCUGACAAAGGAAGAGCCAUUGGUGUAAAACUCAGGAAGGGUGACAGUGACGUGGAGAUAUAUGCCAAACGUAUUGUUUCUGAUGCCGGAGUAUCCAAUACAUUUCUUCAUCUAUUGCCAAAAGAAGUGGCUACAAAAUCAUCCAUUUAUCCAAUGAUUAACAAGGUUGGAGAGAGUGUGUCUUUUCUGACUGUGUUUGUGGGAUUGAAGGGGUCCAAAGAAGAACUUGGAAUCCAGGCCCAUAACUGUUGGCAUUUUACCCGGCCAGAUGUAGAACAAAUAUAUAAUGAAUACAAUGCUCUGUCGCUGGAGGAUUUGCCCAACCAUGAUGUCCCCAUGAUGUUUAUUUCAUUCCCCUCAGCCAAGGAUCCAACAUGGCACGAGAGAAAUCCAGAUAAAUCCACCUGUUUGAUCAUCACCUGGUCUCACUACAAAUGGUUCAAGGACUGGGAAGAUGGCCGAGUCAAGCACAGAGGGGAGGAUUACGAAGAAAUCAAAAAUGCCAUUGGACGAAGGAUGCUCCAGCAGUGCAUCAAAUUGUACCCCAAAAUGGAAAAUAAAGUGCAGUACUUUGAUGUCGGUACUCCCCUCAGUAACAAGUACUACCUAGGAUUCCAACAUGGAGAAAUGUAUGGAUUGGAACAGAACAUGGUGAGAUUUCUACCAGAGGUCAGCAUCCAACUUCGGCCAAAAACUGACAUUCCAGGACUCUAUCUGACUGGGCAGGAUGUAAUGUCUGUAGGACUCGGUGGGGCUUUGUAUGGAGGACUUCUGUGUGCUUCAGCCUUGUUGCAUCGUAAUCUGUACAAGGAUCUGCAGGCCCUGCAGAAAGAACUUCGGAAAUCUGAGGAGUCUGAAAAGAAACAGAAGUGAUCAGCGUGUUUGGAACAAAUACAUGUAAAAACAAUAUUUGGUGCCUAAAAAAGAUAUAUAUGCAUUGAGGAAUAUUUUCAGACCUGAUAAAGGCUUUUUUUUUUAAUUGAUGCACAUGUCAUAUAUUAUUUGCUAUUAUAGACAACAGUGGAUGGUUGAUAUAAAGAUUAU